AUGUGCGAAAAAUCGGUGGGAGCCGUGGCAUCUCCUCCUGACCACAAUAAAUCUUUGCCAAUGGUUCCACAAUAUUCUUUUCUUGGUAAAUUAGCUAACCAAACUAAUGUAAUUAACCAUCCUCAACCACACGCCGCCGUCACCACCCCACUUCAAUCACCCACCACCAUCACCACCCCACUUCAACCACCCACCACCUCCACCCAUCUUCAACCAAACGCCGCCGUCACCACCCCACUUCAACCACACGCCGCCCCCACCACCUCCACCCAUCUUCAACCAAACGCCGCCGUCACCACCCCACUUCAAUCAAACAGGUAUUUGAUUAUGAGGUUGAGACAAGGUAAUGGAGGAGGUGCGCCGCCUGCUGGUAGUGAACGGCAGCCUUCGGUGCUUGUUGGUAGUGAACGGCCGCCUCCGUUGCUUGUUGGUAGUGAACGGCCGCCUCCGUUGCUUGUUGGUAGUCAACCGCCGCCUCCGGUGCUUGUUGGUAGUCAACCGCUGCCUCCGGUGCUUGUUGGUAGUCAACCGCUGCCUCCGGUGCUUGUCGGUAGUCAACCGCCGCCUCUGUUGCUUGCUGGUAGUCAACCGCCGCCUCCGGUGCUUGUCGGUAGUCAACCGCCGCCUUCGGUGCUUGCUGGUAGUCAACCGCCGCCUCUGGUGCUUGUUGGUAGUCAACCGCCGCCUCUAUUGCUUGUUGGUAGUCAACCGCCGCCUCCGGUGCUUGUUGGUAGUGAACAGCCACCUGGUGGUGGUCAGGGAGGUCCGGUGCUUGUUGGUAGUCCACAGGCAUCGGUAGGUUCGCAGCCUGUUAGUAGUUAG